UUACGUCCAGAUAAUUCCUAGCUAUAGGUUAUAUUACGUAUAUUAUAGAAAAAUGCACUCUAAAGUUAUCUAGGCGAACUCCUGAACGUAGCCCUAUGUGCUUUCCACUUUGACGACACAAAUAUCGUUCUAUUGUAUUUUUGUAGAACAGAAAAAGAAAGAAGUGAGAUAGGAAUUUAGAUAGCGUUACUGAGCAAUUUAUUCAUUUCGCGUAUGCGCACUCCAUUAAAGUCAAGGCCAAUAUAAAGUCAGGAGAAUUGCGCUACUGUAUAUACUGUGUCAAAAAUCUGUGCUUCCUGCUCGCUUCGGCCCUCUCUCAUUCUCUCUCUUUAGUGUCUUUCUCUGAUUGUACUCUGCACGUGUAGAUGUUAAAUCUUGUUUUAAUUAGUUAAAAAAAUAUGAAAGUAAAGAAAGAAGACGUGAUGUUCAAGGAGUUAGUCUUGAGGAAAAAUACUAAGAAUAUAUUGAAGCCAAAAGCAAGUGCCAGUCUUGAGAAAGCUGUGAAAAAUGUCAAGCAAAUUUUUAAGACUGGAAAAAGUCGCGGCUAUGGUUAUGUUGAAUUCCUUCACUCACAAGUUGCUAAAAUUGCGGCAGACACAAUGAACAAUUAUCUAAUGUGUGGCCGAUUAUUAAAAGCUACAUACAUUCCACCCGAGAAGCAACAUUCUGGAUUUUUCUUAGGGAUAAAUUGGUCAGAAGAUAAAUAUCCUAGACUCAAAAAUAGAAGACGAACAACUCUAAGUAGAAACCUUCUUCAAAGUGCUGGAGAUCAUGAGAAAUAUGUUCAAAGAUUGCUUGAUAAACUUUCUGCAUUAGAAAAUAAAUUGCAAGAGAAAGGAAUCAGCAUAAAAUUUCAACCCGUUGACAUAUAAAAAAUGUAACAAACAUUUAAAAAUGUAAUUCAGCUCUAGUUUAUUUAUAAUUAAGAUUAAUUUGUAAUUUGUAUUUGUAUUAAAUAACUUAAUAAACAAUAGGAAAUUAUUUUAUAA